UCGCCAGAGACUAGUACCUGGUCAUUGAAUCGCACAUCUCUGUGUCUCCCCACAGGUUCCUGUCAACCAGGAUGGUUUGGAGACUCCUGUAGCUACUCCUGUCACUGCGGGACAUCAUGUGACGAGACUACAGGUGCCUGUUCUGGUUCUUGUGAUCCGGGAUGGAGAAAGGAAGUCGGUCUUUGCCAGAAACAAAACAUUGCACUGAGCAAGACAGUAUCAACAACAUCUGGAGUGUAUGGAUACUGGUACCCGUCAAAGGCUGUGGACGGAGACAGUGACAUACGUGUCUACUGGAGAAAUGCCAACUCCAACAUCUAUCUGAACAACGACACCUCCAGCAUCUGUUCCACCAUCCCGAGUUCAACCCCCAACCCAACUGACUUGACGUUUAACGGUAUCGGCAGAUACGUCACCAUCAGGAACCCGUGGAUAGGGCCUGGAGACAAUUAUGCACUCAACAUCUGUGAGGUGGAGAUCUAUGCUUGCAACAGCACCACGUAUGGUACUAACUGCAAGAAAACGUGUGCUGAACGGAGGUGUUCAUCUCCAAAUUCGUCAUGCGACCGUCGCACUGGAGCAUGUGACACAGGAUGUCUUCCUGGUUGGAUGGACUUUGACUGCACACAAGAAUGUUCCAGUGGAAAGUACGGCGUAAACUGCAUUAGUAUUUGCUCUGAGAGAAACUGUGCGGGAAAUUCAUCAUGUGAUCAUGUGACUGGGUCAUGUGAUUCUGGAUGUAAAGCUGGAUGGAUGGGUGCUGAUUGUAAAGAAGAAUGUGAUGCCAAUCAUUAUGGACCAGACUGUCGUGGCGUAUGCUCCUUCAGACACUGUGUAGGGAACUCUUCAUGUACCCGAGCAGGAACAGGUGACAGUGGAUGUGAGACGGGGUGGACACAGGGUGACUGUACAGUGCCUGUCAGCUGUCCGCCUGGAAGGUAUGGACAAGGAUGUACGGAGUUCUGCAUUUCCCGCAACUGUAAGACACCAUCUUCUGUGUGUGACGUCACUGGAUCAUGCCCAGAUGGAUGCCGGGAAGGCUGGCAGAAUGAUGACUGCAGGAUAGCAUGCCAGAGCGGAAAAUACGGUUCUUACUGCAGCAAGUCUUGUGAUUCACGUCAUUGUGAAACUGCACCAGUCUCCUGCGACCACGUGACUGGAGCCUGCGCUGCCGGUUGUCAGGAAGGAUGGAUUAGAGAAGACUGUACUCGGAGAUGCAAACCUGGAACUUAUGGGCCUGACUGUACUCGUUGUGGACAUUGUGACGUCACGUGCAUUGUUGGAGAUGGACGCUGUCCCGGAGAGUGUCUGGACGGCUUCACUGGUGACCGAUGUGGUGAAGAUGUUCGAGGUGUAUCAGAUUCAGUGUCUCCUGUUACAAGCGGAGUUAUUGUGGGAGCAGUAAUGCUUGUUGUAAUGCUGUUGCUGAUUGGUGGAUUGGUAAUAUGUUUGCUGAAAUCUGGAAGACUUAAAUGGAUAUCCUCACCUUGCACAGGUGUGAGAAAAACAGACACAGGUGGGACUGGAGAGGCCCCUGAUCAUGCGAACACGUCAGGAACGAAUGAGCAAGACUACACCGAACUGAGUGAAGUCACCAGGGAGAGAGCGGAGAAGUCGCAGUACGAUGUCAUUCAGAACAAAGUGUAUGAAAACAACCAAAUCUGAGUUGAGACCAGUGGAUCCUUUUCGUAUGUGCUAUGACAUACCACAUUUAAUGUUCACAUAACUGAAUAUGUUCUGCCCAGAGGACAAGUCUGGAAUAGUGUAUAUGGUUAUACCAUGUGAGUGAGUGAGUGAAUGAGUGAGUAGGUUAAAACUUUACAUGGCAUAGGCAAUAUUACAGCU